GCUUAAGGCCAGCCUGGGCUACAUGGAGAGACCCUGUCUCAAAAAAACCCCCAAAUACAGUAAAUAAAUCAGAGGACCCUGUUCUGGUGAUGAAACUGUCCCUGUUGGCUACCUGCUUACAUCCAUCCUUUUCCCCAGCCCUGCCCAUGACUGCCCCGUACCUGGAGGCCCCCAGGUCCUUGGAGGUGGGCACGUGGAGGCCGGUGCAUUGUGUUCUAGAUGGGGUCUUCCCGGCCUCCGAGGCCCAGGUGCACCUGGCACUGGGGAACCAGACGCUGAAUCCUACAGUCACGAGGGACGGUGACACACUCAAGGCCACCGCCAUAGUGCACGUGGACCAAGAGGGGACCCAGAAGAUUGCGUGCAACGUGACUUUGGCGGGAGUGAGUCGCUAUGCACAGAACUUGACCACGGUCUUCAGUUUCCCAGGGCCCAUUCUGAGCCUAAGCAGGACCAACAUCCCCAAGGGGUCCACAGUGAAUGUGACCUGCAAGGCCGGACCCCGAGCCCAGGUCAUACUGGAUGGGGUUCUGGCCCCAUCUCCGGGAGAGCCCGCCCAGCUUCAGCUGAUUGCCACUGACAGCGACAACGGACGCCACUUCAUCUGCAAUGCCACCCUCGUGGUCGCCGGAGAGCUCAUAUGUAGGAGCACGGCUGCCCAGCUGCGUGUCCUAGGUCGAGACCACUCGGUCACCAUUGGCGUAACGGUGUUAACCGUCCUGGGCGUGGUCAUUAUCUCAGGGGCUUUACUAUAUGUGUUCGGGAUGCAGAAACGGUGUGGCAUCUACCACGUGAAGCAGCAAAGCAACUCGGUGCCCCUCACGGCAAUACAGUCUGAAGACACACCGGGGGAAGAGGCGUCGUCCUGAUCUGGGGGAUGCCGGGAUCCUGGGCCAAAGACGGUCAGGACUUUGGAUGUACCAUGGAAUUUCCCACGAAUAAAGCCUUUAAACUC